AUGCGCGCAGCAGCCUCUGCGGGCAGCGCGGCGGCGGAUUCAGCGGAGGCGGAAGAGAGCACAGUGGCGGAAGACAUGAAGCAGCGGAGAGGCCUCCGCGGCAAGACCGAGGCUGACGUCAUCGUCAUCGGUUCCGGAAUCGGCGGGCUGUGCUGCGGCAGCCUCCUGGCGCGCUACGGCCGCGACACGCUGGUCCUCGAAAGCCACUACCUCCCGGGCGGCGCGGCGCACGGAUUCACGCGAAACGGCUUCUCGUUCGACACGGGCCCGUCGCUGUUCUCAGGAUUGUCGUCGCGCGGCCCGCAGGCGAACCCGCUCGCGCAGGUUCUCGACGCGCUGGGGGAGUCGGUGCCGUGCGCGGCGUACGACAGCUGGAUGUGCUACCUCCCUGAAGGGGACUUCUUAUCCCGCAUCGGCCCUUCUCACUUCAUUGAGGUGUUACAGCAGCGUGUGGGGGAGGAGGCAGUGCAGGAUUGGCGCAAACUAAUGGCAGUGGUGGAGCCUCUAGCCGGGCCCUCCAUGGCCCUUCCCCCAGCCGCUCUCCGUGCCGAUCCUGCUGUGCUACUCACUGCAGGGCUGAGGUACGGCCCGAGCCUGCUCCGCACAUUCGGCAGCGCCGGGCCUGCAGCUGCACUCAACGCAUCUAAGCUCUUGGGGCCGUUCUCCUCACUAGCCGACUCAGUGGGAGUGAAGCACCCGUUUGUGCGCAACUGGAUCGACCUGCUCUCCUUCCUGCUCUCGGGGCAGAAGGCCGAUGCCACCAUUGCUGCUGAAGUGGUGUACAUGUUUGCAGAGUGGUACAAGCCUGGGAGCGUCAUGGAGUACCCUCUCGGCGGUCCCGAGGCGAUUAUCGAGGCGCUUAUAAGGGGGAUGGAGAAGCACGGCGGGCAGCUCUCCCUGAACUGCCACGUGGACAGCAUAGUGGUGGAGGGCGGCCGGGCAGUCGGCGUAAAACUUAAAUCUGGGCGGAUUGUUCGCGCCCGGACAGCCGUGGUGAGUAAUGCGUCGGUGUGGGAUACCAUGCGACUGCUGCCGCCCGGGAGUGUACCCGGGGAGUAUCGGAAAGAAAAGGAGGCUACACCCGAGUGUGAUUCAUUCAUGCACCUGCAUCUGGGGAUCAAGAAGGAGAAUCUUCCUGCUGACUUGGAGAUCCAUCACAUCGUGGUCAAUGAUUGGUCCGUGGGCGUCGACGCUCCUCAAAACGUGGUUCUCAUCUCCAUCCCGACGGUUCUCGACGCCUCGCUGUCGCCACCUGGCACCGUCUCAUUGCACGCGUACACUCCGGGAACCGAGCCCGCUUCCCUGUGGCAAGGCCUGGAUAGGCGGUCAGCUGAGUACAAGAAACUGAAGGAGGAGAGGGCUGAGCCAAUAUGGGCGGUUGACAAAGGCGGGACAAAAAUUUGUAGCCCGUUCUCUUUAGUGGUGUCGAACUCGUACGCUGAAGGCAUGGCGACGUCGACAGAAGAUGGCGAAGCGGAUUACAUGCGGUAUCUAGACUCGGAGGAAGCAGUCAUGGAUUGCGACAUGUGCGACGAAGACAGCGACGAAUGCGACGCGUGCGACUAUACCGAUGACAGCAGCGACGCGGACAGCCAAGACGGCUCACAGGGAGAUUGGGACUGGGACGCGACGCCUCGGCGGGACAGGACGGCCGACGCGCGGCAAUUUCAAGGAGAAGACGACUCGGACGAGGACAACGACAUGCUGGAAGGCGCGGCGGACGUGAGUGCACAGCAGGCGGCGCGCGGGCGGGACAUUCAGGGCAUCCCGUGGGAGCGGCUGCACUUCACGCGUGCCAAGUACCGCGCCAUGCGCCUGCAGCAGUACAAGAACUACAAGAACCUCGACGUCCCGUUAGAUGUUGUUGAUAAGGAAGUGAAGCAGGUCAGCACGGACGCGGAGUUCUUCAGUUUCGCCUACAACACGCGCGCUGUCAAGUCCACCAUCGUGCACUUCCAGCUGCGCAACCUAGUGUGGGCGACGUCGAAGCAUGACGUGUACACAAUGCACGGCCACACCAUCGGCCACUACUCGGCUCUCUCCCGCCGCUCCGUUGACUUCCUUGACCUCAGCGGACCCGUCGUGCCCAUCUCCCAUCUACAGCGCGCCCCCUGGCUGUACCACCAGCGCGCCACCACUGCCACAUUGCGCCCAGGCGGACCCAGGCUCUAUGGGGGCGGGGGGACGGGGGGAACGGGCGGAGCAGGCGGGGGAGUAGCCACUGGCGCGGGGGGAGCAGCAGGGCCGGGGAGAGGGGACGGGGGGGGAGGGGCGGCGGCAGGGGGAAAUGGGGCAGGAAUGGCGGAUGAUGGGACGUGGGAACCAGUGGGCCGGGUGCAGGUGAGCACGCUGUGUGUGCGCAACGGGCUGGUGGCAGCGGGGGGGUUCAACGGCGAGAUGGUGUGCAAGCGGCUGGACAGCGGCGCAGAGGGCGGCGUGUCGUAUGCUGGGCGGAUCACAAGAGAUGAGAGCGCGAUAACCAAUGCUGUAGAGAUCUUUGAAUCCGCCAGCGGCGCAGUGCGAGUGUUGACGUCCAACAACGACUGCCUUGUGAGGGAGUUUGAUGCUGACACCUUCGCCAUCAUCGCCCGCCACCACCUGCCAUGGCCCAUCAAUCACACGUCAGUAUCGCCAAACGGCAAGCUGGUGGUGGUGGUGGGGGAUGAUCCAGACGCCUUUCUCAUGGACGCCACGUCUGGCCGGGUGGUGGCGCCUCUGAGUGGCCAUGUGGACUACUCCUUUGCAUCCGCAUGGCACCCCAACGGCCUCACAUUCGCCACCGGCAAUCAGGACACCACCUGCCGUGUCUGGGACCUGCGCUGCCUCUCCCGCUCCCUCGCCACCCUCAAGGGCCGCAUGGGCGCGAUCCGGUCCGUCCGUUUCUCAUCCGACGGCCGGUUUUUGGCCGUGGCGGAACCGGCGGAUUUCGUACAUGUGUAUGAUGUGAAGGGGGAGUAUGAGAGGAGCCAGGAGAUUGAUUUGUUUGGGGAGAUUGCGGGGGUGUCGUUCUCCCCGGAUUCAGAGGCGCUGUUUGUGGGCGUGGCGGAUCGCACGUACAGCAGUUUGUUGGAGUUUAAUCGGGCGCGCCGCACGUACCGCGCGUUUGAACGGUGGAUGCACGACGAGGCCAAGAUCCAAUGGUCAGAAAAGCUUGCCUUCCUCCUCACCUGCCCUCCCCCUCCCCCGCCCACACUCCGCCACGGCGCACGCGCACGUCCCCACUGCGCCUAUCCCUCCGCCUCUCCCCCGCCUGAUCCGCUCCCCGUGGGAGUGUUUGCGCGCGCGCCCCUCCCCCUUGGCGCAUCUGUUGCGACCAUCCCCAAGUCCGCCUGCCUCACUCCGCGCACCUCCCUGCUUGCGCCCUACCUCUCCGCCUCCCCGUUAUUUCAAACAGAGAGGGAGGCGGAAGGGGAGGCGGAUGAGGAGGGGAAAGGGGAGGACGAGGAUGGGGGAUCAGGGGGAGGAAACACGGAUGUGGGGAGUGAGGGGGAGGUGGAUGGGGAAGGGGAGCAGGGGGAGGGGGAGGCGGAUGAGGAGUCAAGAGAGGGCGCAAGGGGGGGGCAGGGGGAGCUGAGCAGUGCAGCGCUGGUGGCAGCAGUGCUCUUUGAGAGGGCCCUGGGGGCGAAAUCCCGAUGGGCGGCGUAUUUUGGACAGAUGCCAGAGAGAGAGGAUGUGCCGGCCGUCCCCAGUGACCUAGCAGGCAUGCGAGGGGAGUGGAGGCACCACAUUCUGCCCUUCCUCCUCUCCCUGCCACCGCACCUCCUGUACCUCCUCCCACCAAACCUGCCAAAUGGUCCCAAUCGUCAACACCCACACGACAAGUUGCCACCAGAGCCGCUGACGUCAACCAAUCAGCAGCUGCCAGAUCAGCUGUCAUGGGACGCCUACCUGGCGGUCAAGUCGCUAAUCUCCUCGCGAGCCUUCGCCAUCGACAGCUGGCACGGGCAUGGCAUGGUGCCCCUGGCUGACCUGUUCAACCAUCGCACUGCAAGCGAGUCAGUGCACUUCACAAUCAACGACGAGGAGAGUGAUACUGAGGGCAGUGACGAAGACAAUGAGGAGGAGGGUGGUGAGAUCCGAAGCGAGAAGAGGAAGGAUGGAGACAAGGAGACGAACGGGAAACAGGAGAGGGAGGAUAGUUCACCUGAGAAGGAAGGCCAAAGGGAGAAGCCAAGCGAGCAGCUGGAAAUGAUAAUGGUGCGAGGAGAGGGGCCUGGGGACGAGGUAUUUAACACCUACGGCCAGCUCAGCACCGCAGCUCUUCUGCUCCGAGUGGACGCCAGCGUGGCAGAGAGGGAGGCUGACGUGGAUUGGGCCGGGAUGGGGGCUGCUGAGCUGGCAGGGAUGGUGGAGGAGUGGGUGGAGGGGAUGGGGGAGAGGGAGGGGAAAGUUGGGCGAGCAGAGAGUGGGGGAGGGAAAGAGGAGGGGCAGGAUGGUAGUGGAAAAAAUAUUCAGGGGAAAAAGAGGAGGGAAGGAGAGGAGAGGAGUCGUGAUGGUGAGGUGUCAGCGAGAGGAGAUGAAGGGGAGGGUGAGUUGGGUUCGGAUGGGUCAAGUGAGGGGAGGAAGGGAAGGAAGAGAAGAAGAGGGGGGAAGGAGAGAAGAAGAGGGGGGAAGGAGAGAAGGGACAGAGGUGGUGGGAAGCAUGGUUCGAGAACAGAGUGCCAGGAGGAGCGAGAGAUGGUGGGAGUGGAGAGGGAGGAAGAGAAUGGGGAUGAGGAGGAGGAUGGAGCGGAGAGAGGAGAGGAAGAUGGAGAGGAGGAGGGAGAUGGGGAUCGAGAGGGAAGUGGAGAGGAGGGUGAGGAUGAGGGAGAGGAGGAGAGCAACGAAGAAGAGGUGGCAGCAACCUGUCGGCUGCUUGAGCUACCGACCGUGCGAGCCCUACUCGGCACAGUGCUGCGAGCGCGUGAUAGCAUGUUCGGGGGAUUGAACAGGGCUGGCUUGUACGGGGUGGCACGUGAUGCGGUAACGAGUAGCAGAGCAGUAAAGGGCGCGUGGACAGUGGUGGAUGAGUUGAGGGCUGCACGGCGGUGCUUCUGUGGGAGGGAGUGGAGAGGAGAGGAGGCGUGCAGAUUGUGA